GGGAGAAAGAUGGAUUAAAGAUACCCCCCCAUAGAUUAUGUUUGUGAGAUUCCUCUUUUUGUACUUUGCGAUUUUCUUGAUUUCCUUGUGUUUUGUUAUUUUAGUAUAACACUUAUAUGUUUUUCUUUGUUUUGCAGGGGAGGCCAUGGACGUGAGAUAUUUCGCCGGUCUAAAGAAGAAGUUGGCCAAGGAGUCAAAGAAGAAGGAGACGGGGACCCAAAAACCCGUCGACGAAUUCUUCAAGAAGGAUGGUGAGCCCUCAUUGGCAGUUCCUACUGCCCUUGAUGACGUCGAGGCCGGAGGCACCCAAGCCGCGGCUGCAAAGUGGAAAGCCGUAGUACCCGCCGGGAAGAAGCACAAAAAAGGGGAUGCCGGGAAGAAGGCUACCCCGUUGUGAUUGUUGAGGAGCACUCCUCUUCUGAGCCCCCGGUCAUGACGGUGAAGACCUCUUCCAACCCCCUUUCGGAACAGAUGGGUGAGGGGGCCUUGCCCCGGGAGAAUGUACAGUUCUCCAUCAUAAAGGGGACUGCUAUCAUGCAUGGCACCGUGGACCCAAAGGAAUUCCUGAUAGGUGCUACCCCUCAGUUGGAUAAGGCAGCCCUCAGCCGGUAUGAGGAUGAUGCCCUCGAGUCUAAGAUCCUCCGUGCUUCUCUUACUGCUUGCAUCGGCCUCGGCGAGCAGAUCCGAAGGGUUGAAAAUUUGCGCCUCCAGAAGGUGCAAUCUGACGAGACUUUAAAGAAGCUCGUCAUGGAAAAUGCUGCCGUUGUGAGGCAGAUGGCUAGAUUGGAGGAAACCCUCCGGCAGACCACCGAGGGAUGGAGCAGAAGCUGGAGGCUGCCAGGAAAGAGGCCAGGGCCGAGGGCAAGGCCGAAGCUGAGAAGGCCGCUAUCGAAGAUGCCAAGACUGCUGCAGAGGAAGUCGAGGCAGUCAAGAAAGAGGUCAUCGCCCAGACUGGGAGGGAUGUCAUUGCCACCUUCAUCACUGAUGGUUGGAAAGCCGAGGAGCAAAAGCAAUGGUUGGCCUCGGUAGUGGAAGCCACCGUUGAUGAUUGGACUGGUGGCCCCGAUGCUGAAUGGUUAGCCUGGAAGGGUAAAGCUUACUAUGACGGGGGGAGUUUUUCACCCAAUCUCUUGUCUAUGGGAGGUUUGCCAGACAUCUUGGGGUGGAUCCAAAGGAAUUCAACCCGGCAGCCUAUGACCUUCCCCCCCUUCAGCCAGACGUCUGAAUCCCCCUCCCUCCGAUGUCGAGAGGCCGGACCUUGAGGACUCCGUGCUGAUGCAAGAAGGGCAGGAUGAUGAAGACGAGGCCGAUGAUGGUGCUAUUUCGAAGGCUGUCCCGGAGGGUGUUGAUAAAUGAUUGUACUUAUAAAUUUUUGAACUGCAAUGUGUAAUAACAUUUCUUAGCUUCCGGAUUCGACCAUGAUGUAACAUUUACUUCUUAUUUCUCUCGUGAAUGGAUACCUCUUUUGCCUUCUAUUUUAUUCGCUUCCUUGCCUGCGUGUACUUAGCUUCCUUCUUGAUUUGCUUGCGUUGUGUGAAUGAGUUGUGAGUCUUUCUCCGUUUUGAUCAGGG